AUGACUGCCCGCCUUGUGCUCGUCCUGCUGCUGCUCCUGCGGGCACGAGGGGCAGCCCUGAUGGCGCCGGAGCUGUGCUACAUCCUGGACGCCAUCCUCUUCCUCUACGGCGUCGUCCUCACCGUGCUUUAUUGUCAGCUGAAGGUGAGUGGCCGGGCUCAUCCGCAUGGUCCGGAUCCAGAGAGCAUCCAAAGAGGGCUCCAGAGCAGCCAGGGAGGUGAGGAGCUUUUCUCCAAAGGGUUUUGGGGGUGCUGGGGCACCCUUGGAUGA